CCGGAUUACCACAGGACACCCGCUUCAAAACACACUUCGCUUUCUGCUCUGACUUAUCGAGAGAAGACUAUUUUAAUUUUUUUAACUGAAGGAAAAAAGUUGUGGGAUAGUCAAAGGAGAAAGAGGAGCAUCUUGGAUAUGUGCUUGUGAUCUUUUUUAUUUGUUUUAUUUAGUUACUUUCACCUCUUUUAUCUGCAUUUCUCACCUUUCCUGGAGGACUGUGUGUGUGUUUGCACACCAUGGAUCACACACUGUUCGGCUGCCUGCGGAGCCCCCACGCCCCGGCGCAGGCCCUGCACCCUGCCUUCACCCAGUCUCCCCUCACCCUGCACGGACGCUCGGACCACGUCUCCUACCCUGACCUGGCCUCUUCAUCCUCCUCCUCCUCCACCUCCUCACCUUCUCCCUGUAUCAUCUCCAGUUAUCAGAUGGACGAUGGCCUGUUUCCCGGGCAGCACCACCACCACCCCCACCGCGGCCACCUGCCCCCCCAGCAGCAUCACCACGCGCCUCAGCACCACACAUCCUGGCAUAUCCCACAGAUGCCAUCACCUGUUAAUAACACACGCCACAACCUUUGCCACCCGCACUCCCACUCGUCCCAUGACAGCGGGCCCAUAGCCCCAGACCUGGGCCACCCUGGGGGGCCCAGUAUGUGCGCCAGCACCCCCAGCCUGGGCAUCAGCAGCACCCCCACAGGGGCCUCCUGUGUGUCUGCGGACUUUGGCAGACAGACUCUUUCACCUGCUGAGGCCGAGAAGAGGAGCGGAAAGAGGAAAAGUGACAGCUCAGAGUCCCAGGACGGGAAUUACAAGUCAGACGUGAGCAGCAAACCCAGGAAGGAGAGGACGGCGUUCACCAAGGAGCAGAUCCGAGAGCUGGAGGCCGAGUUCGCCCACCACAACUACCUAACCAGACUAAGGCGCUACGAGAUCGCCGUCAACCUCGACCUCACUGAAAGACAAGUGAAGGUGUGGUUCCAGAACAGGAGGAUGAAGUGGAAAAGAGUGAAGGGCGGUCAGCAGGGAGCGGCAGCCCGAGAGAAAGAACUGGUCAAUGUGAAAAAGGGGACGCUGCUGCCAUCAGAGUUCUCUGGCAUCGCAGCGCUUCACCACUCGACGGACUCCUUAGCCAAUGAGGACAGUCACGACAGCGACCAGAGCUCCGAGCAUGCUCACUUAUGAUGCACCCCGCCCCGCCCCUCAGAAGAUAGGCCCUGCGCUGCCUCAGGACUGUCCUUAGAAGGACUGCUGUUUGCUGAUUCGCCAUCGUCAUACAACGAUGCUAAAUAAGUGUACAACUAUACAGAGAAGUGUGAUAAAUAAUGCAGCCCUUAUGUAGGCGAUAUGUACAUUUCAAGAACUGAGCACAUAAAGGAAGGAUGUUGACAUAUUGUAAAGCGCCAUUGGUUAAAAAUCUCCUUGAUAAAAAGAAAAACAAUUUUUUUUUAAAAAACAUUUUGGAAAUAUUUUUAAUCAUACUGUUGUAAACAUUCCAUGUUGUGUGUCUCGAGAGAAGCAGGCUUUGAUUUGCACUGUUAAACACACAGUCUGCUUCUCACUCAGUUUCUACUGUAUAAAAUGUAAAUUACGAUGUAAUUUAGUUAUUGAUCAAAUCAAGUGCCAGGAAAUCAAAUUUGCCUACAGUAGCUAAUAUAAAUGAUCUGUAUUGUCUUACCAUAACAAUAGUUUUAUACCCACACUAUUCAACUCGUGCAGUAAUAAACACGGACGGUUCUUUAGUCAACACUUUUCUGCCUAGAGAUGUAAUUUUGUAAAAAAUGUUGAAAAAGUAUUCUAUUAAAUCUUUUCAGAAACAGUUGCAGAUCAAUUAAAAUGUAACCAUUGAUCAAAAUCAAUAA